CUCCUGCGUUCGCAGGCGGCGGCGGGCGGCCGGGCUUCUCGCUCCGGCAGCGGCGGCGGCGCACGAGGCGACAGCUGCGGCGGCUUCCGGAGUCCCGCUGCGAAGAUGCUCAAAGUCACGGUGCCCUCCUGCUCCGCCUCGUCCUGCUCAUCGGGCACCGCCAGUGCGGCCCCAGGGGCGGGGAGCCUCGUCCCGGAUUACUGGAUCGACGGCUCCAACAGAGAUGCUCUGAGCGAUUUCUUCGAGGUGGAGUCGGAGCUGGGACGGGGUGCUACAUCCAUUGUGUACAGAUGCAAACAGAAGGGGACCCAGAAGCCUUAUGCUCUCAAAGUGUUAAAGAAAACAGUGGACAAAAAAAUCGUAAGAACUGAAAUAGGAGUUCUUCUUCGCCUCUCACAUCCAAACAUUAUAAAACUUAAAGAGAUAUUUGAAACCCCUACAGAAAUCAGUCUGGUCCUAGAACUCGUCACAGGAGGAGAACUGUUUGAUAGGAUUGUGGAAAAGGGAUAUUACAGUGAGCGAGACGCUGCCGAUGCUGUUAAACAAAUCCUGGAGGCGGUCGCUUACCUACAUGAAAAUGGAAUUGUCCAUCGUGAUCUCAAACCAGAGAACCUUCUCUAUGCAACUCCAGCCCCAGAUGCACCACUCAAAAUCGCUGAUUUUGGACUCUCUAAAAUUGUGGAACAUCAAGUGCUCAUGAAGACAGUAUGUGGAACCCCAGGGUACUGCGCACCUGAAAUUCUUAGAGGCUGUGCCUAUGGACCUGAGGUGGACAUGUGGUCUGUAGGAAUAAUCACCUACAUCUUACUUUGUGGAUUUGAACCAUUCUAUGAUGAAAGAGGAGAUCAGUUCAUGUUCAGGAGAAUUCUGAACUGUGAAUAUUACUUUAUCUCCCCCUGGUGGGAUGAAGUAUCUCUAAAUGCCAAGGACUUGGUCAGAAAAUUAAUUGUUUUGGAUCCUAAGAAAAGGCUGACUACCUUUCAAGCUCUCCAGCACCCGUGGGUCACAGGUAAAGCAGCCAAUUUUGUACACAUGGAUACGGCUCAAAAGAAGCUCCAAGAGUUCAAUGCUCGGCGCAAGCUUAAGGCAGCGGUGAAGGCUGUGGUGGCCUCUUCCCGGCUGGGAAGUGCCAGCAGCAGCCACAGUGGCAUCCAGGAGAGCCACAAGGCUAGCCGAGACCCAUCUCCAAUCCAACAUGGUGACAAGGACAUCAAAGCUGUUCCAGAAGGAGAGAAAAUUCAAGGAGAUGGGGCCCAAGCAGCAGCGGAGGAGGCAGAGGCUGAGCUGAUGAAGGUGCAGACCUCUGAGGAAGUUAAAGAUGCAGAUAUAAACACUGAGGAGGGCCCCAAGAUGGUGCCCAAGGCAUGGGAGGAUGGGAUAAAGGUGGCCGGCCCGGAAGUAAAGGAGGGCCUUGUAGGGGAGAAGCAGAAGACUUUGGAAGAAGCAGCAGCCCCCAAAGAAGGGCAAGAAAAUCCUGCUGUGGGAUUUGGAAUUCCACAGCAAGAUGUGAUCCUGCCAGAGUACUAGGUCGGCUUCCUUCAGAUGUGGAAGCCAAACUCCAGCAUUUUAUGUACUUUGUCCUUCAGCAAGGAAGGUGUGAAAGCAUGAUAUGCACUAUAGUGAUUCUGUUUUUGAGGUGUAAAAAAAAUACAUAUAUACCAGUUGGUAAUCCUAACUUCAAUGCAUGUGACUGCUCUAUGAAAAUAAUAGUGUCUUCUAUGGCAUGUAAUGGAUACCUAAUCCCAAUGAGUUAAAUUUGAAAUUGCAAGUAAACACAACUUUACACUUAAAAACAUACAUUUUCAGCAACCAGUGGCACACAUUUGAAGUGAAUAGUAGCAAAUUAUUUUUGCUUUGAAAACCUAGCCAUCCUACAUCCUUUAGAUUUCUUCAUAAGGCAGUAAUUCCUUUGAACUGCUGCUCAGUAGUGCUAUACUAAGUAGUGCUAUAAGACAUGGUCCCACGACUUUCACAUUUUACUUUUUAUCAUUAAUGUGUUCAAAACUGUUUAUGAGAAGAUGAUUGUAGGUGAUAGUUGUACAGUAUGUGCAAAAAAAAAAAAUUCCACUUACAACAGUAAGAAAUUGAAGGACACUUUUAAGAGCCAUGAACCCAUAUGCCCCUAAA